CGCCACCUCCGCCGCCGCGGCCGCGCUCGGCGAAAGCGCGAGCGCGCUUGGAUCAAGGAACGGGAAGGAGCGUGUCUCGAGUGGCCGGAUCGGUCGCUGCGCCGACUGCGCUCGCUUGCCGCCCCGUCGGAAUCGGCUUCUCCGCCGCCGUCGUGCGUAGAUCCGUCCUAGCCUCGGUCUGUUUCUCGCCGCCGUGACACCGUUUGACUCCGGAGGAGAAAGAAAAGGCCGCUCGCGGUGUUUGCUCUGCGCGCUCUCGACUUUGGAUAAAAGCUCCCCGACUGCUGCCUCCGGAUCCGCGCCGGAUUUCGCUUCGAUUUGGGUGCGCGUUUGUUGGUGUUGUUGGCUGUUGUGGAUCGUCAGGAAAUACGUGCAGUGCGUACGCUCGUGCCCAGAGUGGUCGAUGUAUCCACCGGAUUACGAUGCCUCGUCGGCGUCAAGGUGACAACUUGGCAAGUUCGAUCCAGUCCACGGAGGAAAUAGGCGUGGUUAGGAAGUUUUCGUCGCGGGUACAACCGUCUCUUGGAUGCCUGCAAACACCUCGCACUCUUUGGAUUUCCUGCGUCUUGCGAGAUCUUGUCUUCGCCGAAAUGGACCCCUGGCUACGGUGUUGCCUGAAGAGCGCGCACUCCGCACUACCCCACGGACAAAAUGAACCCUUCAACCUGGGAACAGCAUGAGAUACAAUCGGACCUUCAGGAAGCAAAGUGUCACUGAACUGUUCAGCACAACACGAGCACCUGAUCGGAGUGUCCCACCUCUCAGCGAUUCUCCCAGCACGUGUUCCCGUGCUGUCCUCCCUUGUUCCCCAAAGACCAAGAGAAGUCGACGUCGGUACGGAGAGGUCAAACCUUGCUCCGUCCUGUUGUCGCGGCUUUCGGACGACGGCAUCGCAGAGUUACUUGGCGCAUCCUGCUCGAAGGGAAGUUUCACGCUGCGUGACAAAAGGGUUGCCAACGGCCUCGGCACUGAUUUGAAGGCCCGCUUGGAAUUAAGCACGGAGAUCAAAAGAGAAGGUGAUGGCCCCGUUAAGAGUCAAGUCAAGGCGCACUGCGACCCGCCCGAAGUCAAGCACUCCAAAGAGAUGUCAAACGUAAAAGAGGCGACCACACUCCAGGCUGUUUCAGUGCUGACACAACAGGCAACAGCGAACGCGGAGCCAGACAAAAGCGAGGAGCUGGCAGACAUAAUUAAGUUUCUUAUCGAGACUGAUCCAAAGAGAGGCAAAGAGGUGCAUAUUUCCUUGGCUGCCGAAGAACCCGGCAUAAAUAAGAGAACUGCUGCAAUUGAGCGUCCGAAAGAAGCGCAGGAGCAAUUUUCAACUCCCCAGAAGCUUCAAGCGGCCGAUUUCGAAUAUUUCGAAUUAGUGCGAGACUGUGUCACAGACUCUGUGCAGCACUUAGCCGAUUCGAAAGACGAUGUAGUGAUCCAACAUAGUUCGCGCUGUCGCAAGAUACCUGCUGAAGUGAAAGGUGUUAUUUCAAGCGCAAACGGAAGCGUAAAUUGUUCGAGCGCUGUCGAAGGGCGACCUUCUGUGGUGCCGCAACAGCACUCCGGUGGUAGCGUAAUAUUGAAAAAAUCGGAGUUUGUGCUGCCCGCGCCGAGUAUUUACGGCUUCACGUAUGAGCCCGAGCUGAACACGCAAAGAGUGUCGGGUUUAUCUAGUCCGUACUCCGUCCUCGGGGCUUGUCAGGCGCCGAAAGCCAAUUCCCCGCUUCCCCAAACCGAAAUACUUUCGGAGUUCGCCGCCAUGGGUGUCGUCGAUAGUCCCAAAGAAACUAGUCUGUCGGCUGGUGAUCCUGCCUCCGACCAUAAUCGAGCGCCUCUAAACUCAAGCGUAAAGGAUGAGGCGGCUUACUCGAGCUCUACUUGUAAAGCAGUGGAUCUCGAGGCCAGUGGUGAACGCCCAAAGACUAUGGUUCCGGAUACCUUGCGGCCGCCUGGUAUCUCGGAGGAAACCAGCGAUAGCCUCGCGAAUUCCGCGAGCGCGCGCUUAGUGAUCGAGGAUAAGGAUGACGCUUGCCCUGAUAUCGAUAAGGUGGCCACUCCGAGCGCCCCGUUUUAUCGCGACACGAGGUCACGCCGCGAGGAGGACGAUAGUUGUAACGUUGCUCGGCGAAACGACGAAACUUUGGGAGACGACCAACUGCGCACCGCCGCUCGACCCGAUGUCGACACGGAACUGGCAUCGACUCCGGUGGCUUCUGUGUCUCACAACAAGGCUGGGUCCAGUCUGAAGUGCGCGGGCUCCGGAACCGGCCCUGGGGAAAGGAAUACCCUACUGGUACCUGAGGAGGAUGCGCCAGAGCCCAAGCAGCCAACCAUCAAGACUGAAUCGGUGCCCGAGGAAGCUGCCCGGAAAGACAGUGACGUGGAAUCCGACGACACGGAGGCCCUGGAAUGGGCGCCCUGUACGGUACUGACACCUUGCAAUAGCCCCGGCAAUAGCAGGGAAUCUGGCUUUAAAAAUGACAGGGAAGCAUCUGACGCUCAGCUACUAUCCCAGCCUGUUGUUUGCCAGCACGAGCUGAGUGCCAGUGACUCUAAGGAGGACAGUGGAAUCCCCGACGGGAACGUAAUGAGCGAUGAUGGGGAGGGGGAUGAAGCGACUCCCACUGCUACUGUUGAAACACGGGGGAAGAUUGUGAAGCCGGCCAACCUCAUAAGCGUUUUCACUGAGAUUCAGGAGGGCAAAAUUGUAAGCGUCGACUGCAAGAAAUUUCGAAAACGGGACCGACCCGGAGGGUCCAUGAGCUCACCUUCGAGGAAGUUUGCAUCAGCGAAGGAACAGUUGAAUGGUUCAGCGGAUCGAAAGGCGGGGGAAGAUGUUGACGCAGUCGUUGGCGAAGUUCUUUGUGAGCUCAUAGAAAAGACAGUGAAAGGCUCAAGUGGACUACUGGGUGAAAAAAUCUCCACCGAAAACCUGAGACAUCUCUUUCGAACGUUCUGCGAGAGCAACGGUUACCGUUACCAGGACUUUGUGAGUGACGAAGCGGGGCUCAAUUUAAGCACACUUUUUGAACAGCCUUUGGUGGAAAUGCAAGAUAUUGCAAUGAAAAAGCGUCGCUGUGGUAGCUCAGAUCACGGGUCGUCAUCCGAUCACGGGCCCGAAAUUCCACCUAGGAUAACCAGGAAGCGGCGAAAGUGUUCUACUCCCGUUCCCGAGAAGCGAAUGCUCACACGCAGCCAGUGGCGAAGGACGUGUAACGUGAAAUCUUUCGAAGAGGCCGCCUGCAGGGAUGAGACAAAGAAUGACGACGAGCCUCGGGACGCUAAGCAUGGCCGAGAGUCUGCUGUUCUGAGUCCGGAACUUUUCAGUUCGAACACGGAAUCAUCGAUGGAAGUGUGCAGCGCUAAGCUGUCCCAGGAGCUAGGAUCCACGCUUAGCAAGUGCAGCGACUCUACGUCGCCGGCACCCCAGCUCGAAUCCUCAAACGUUUCGAGCUCAGCUACUUCCGCCGCUCAGGUUCGUAGCGUCCAAUCGCCAGAGCCGCCGAAACUCAGCUGCCUGAAGGCGAGUGUUGCGUCGAGUCCGUGUCAACUCACUCAUCCGCGGGAACACGAGUCUGCGAUAUCCCCAGAAAGGACAGACAUGUUUCCCGACCUGGACGUUAGUGACCUGGAGGAAGACCGCCUCGUAAUUUGUGACUCUGAGGACAUCGAGCAGCUUCCCGCGUCGCCCACCACGUGCCAUAGUGACAGUGCCCGUGCUCUUGAAUCUCGCGAGCAGUGGUGCGGUGCUGCCAAGUCGCUCGGCCCCAUGGAUGAAGUAACCAAGCGGGAGACUCCCGCUACAGUGCCCAGAGAGCCGCAGGAGUCUGCGAAGAAGGAGUUGUCGGUGCUGCGAGUCCUGUGUGAAUCUGAAGAAGCCGCCGGGAACACGGGUGUCAUUUGUCACUCGGCGGCGAGAGCGGAUUCAAUUGAGACGGCGUCGCAGGGUGACGCAGGUGGCAGUGCCGCUUUCCCGAGGGUACAGAGCGACAGCACAUUACCGGCAACAGUGGCGAACGUCAGCGGCGAGGACGCCAAGGACUUUGGUGCCUCGUCGCGUCCCAAGACCGCAACGGACGACGAGCCGCACGGUCCGGUUCGGGUGAAAGACGAACCUGCGGCUCCUGCUCCCACUAGUCACGGACAAGGCGUUUCUGGUGCCCAGGGUGGCUCGGAGGAACCACUUGAUCUAUCUGUGAAAGAUUCAACAUUCCGUCCUCGAGCUGAUAUACCCGUCGGAAAAGUGCACCCCCAGAUGGCGUCUGCUCCCUCUCCCAUUGAAACGAACGAUUCUCCGAUCAAUUACUCCUCCAAAAGUGGUGCAUCGGAGAGUGACGUCGGCAGUCCAAGGCUCGAGGCCAAGGGUCCCGUCGCGGAUGCCAACCACCCCAGCAACAACGGCAGUCAGAGCACAGCUCGCCCAGAAGGGUCAAAAGAAGACACGGGUUCGGACUCCAUUCUGCAGCGCUUGCUACUGGACCCAAACCGCAAGCCCAAGGAGCCGGAAACGGAGAGCCCAAUGCCAGUCAUUCUCGACGUGCGAAGUCUUUAUAGAGCGUCCGACUCGCCAAAGGACACAGGAAAACGGUCCCGCGACUCCGAUAUCGUGACCGAAGCCAAGUCACUUCUAUCGGCUCGACUGGCUGCAAAGCAGCAGUCAUCUGGUAUUCAACUUCCGAAAGGCUCGACAGUCGCGUCGGUGCCUCCGAUGAGCUUCCCCGAAAACAAGCUCGGCAUGUCGACUUUGGAGAGUAAAAUAAUGGAGCUGAAGAAGCAAAUCCACCAUUUGACCAUCCUCGCGACCUACAAAGAAAAGGAGCUCGCCUGCAUAAGCAGUCUGAGGACGGCUAAAGAGGAUGCACUGAAACAGUUGGAGCACAAGUACCCUGAAAUCUGUUCUGUCGUGAGAGACUUCGGAAGCGAUGGCGCCACAUCCGAACCCAGCAACAGUCCUGGCAUGACGGAUGUUCCCAGCAUAGUGACCCAGGCGGCCACGGCCACGAGUCUCUCUGCAGGCGGCCCAUCCGAUUCUGACCCGCCUCUUCAAAAGAAGCUUGCUGUGCAACCGCCGUUGAUUGCCGCACCUAGACUCAGGAUCGGCAUUCCCGAGCACGAGUCAUCGAGGCGCCUCCCGUUACCCUACGAACGGUCACAUUCCUCCACGCCGCCUGCAUUUUCGCAGCGCGAAGUCAAGCAACCGGCAGCCCCUGUGGUAGCCGCCCCGGCCAAGUCUGCCUUUUGCGUACCUAGUGCGACACUUCAGGGUCAUCGCACGCAACGCCUUCUGUUGCCGAAGGCACCCGCGCCACAACACCCCAGCAGCACCGCUGUCAGCACCUCACCACGAUUAAAUACGUCGGCGUUGACACCGUCUUCAGCGUCGAUGGCAACUUGGUGGAACGGUUCGAGCGGAGCCAUUUCCCCAGCUGAACAGCCGUCGAGCUUAUCACAUCAGCUGCGAAGAGACAACCUACGGGAGUACCCGUCCCCUUCUUUACCAGAGUACCAGUCAGCCGCUACGUUGACUCCUGCUAUGAAGACGCAGCACCAGGGCGGCGCACCACAGCGGCAAUCAUCUGGGGACACGUCGGCAAAGCCAAGUCAGCGCCGGUCGCGCGAAUCAUCUUUAUCUAUUAGUGAAGGGUCAAGAGAGGUUGCCUCUGCGGUCUCAAGACAUUCAGAAGACUUUGGCCUCUCUAUGGGCCCAUCCGGCGCUGCGUCUGGCCAGAGCUCGACCGCGUACGCGUUGAACCGGGCGAACAUCGCUGCGACGAACAUAUACAACCAGGCGAUGGCGUAUAGCUUGUACCAGCAGCUCAGGCUCAACAAAGAGGCAUCGUCCGUUGCCCAGGCAGAAGCAUCGGCGAGCUCGGCAAGCCUUCUAGAAAAGAUGAAGCAGGGUCUUCCUCCUAGUCAACAGCAGAUGUACCAGAAGUCACUGGGAUCGUUGCUGGAUCAAGCCAAGGGUCGUCCCACAGCCUGGGAGCACCUCAAUCUUCUACUUCAGAAAGAGUCCAUGGAUGUCCCAGCCGCCGAGUUACCUUGGGCCCAGAGUGGACUGGCUUGCAUCAACUGCGGCGAUCCGCGCGUGAAGUACGUCUGCAGCUGCUGCCGGACACAGACGUUCUGCAGCGAGCAAUGUCAGAUAAAGCUGUGGACCAAACAGAAGACCCAGACAUCCACGAAACAUUGAAAAGGAGUGGCUCAGAAAGCUUCGCCUUUUGCUCCUCGUCGCGAGUGUGUAUUCGUGUGUGUGUGUGUUCGCGCGCUCGCGCGGUUAUUAUAUCAGCGGGACUGUGCAAGGCGUGUUUGUUGAUAUGUGUGUGCGUGCUCGCGUGUUCACUAAACUUUCAUUCUUCAUUUCACGCCCAAGUGUGCGUUUUGUACAAUGCGCAUUUCCCUCUGAUUUAUCUAAUAAAGUUAGUUUCUGUUCAAGA